CUUCUAAUUCUCUAAUUCUUUCCAACAGCCGACCGCGGUCUGAUCUAUAGCCCUCCAGCGACUUUAAGCUGGCAUCCAAAGUUUGCUGGGCUUCCCUGAGUAACUCUACUUUUUUAUUCAAUUUCUUUCCCAGCGCACUACAAGCCACGAGCAAGCAUUCAACAGCUAUUCCCUUUACCAGUUUAGCCCUUUUCUUUUUCUGCUCUGUUUCUACAUCAAAUACCUCACUUACAAAACCCCAUGGGUUACCAUGCUCAGAAAUCCUCUUGCUAUUUCUCAGCUGUUCUAAACCUCCUCCCCCACCUUAGAUGAUAGUAUCACUGUAAAUAAUAUUACUUUAACAAUAACACAAUUACUUUAUAAUAUUACUUUUUAUCUUGCAGUACUAUAUUCAAAAACCGUAAAAUUAAACUUCUAAGUCAAAACCGCAAUACAAAACCAGAAAUACUGGGACUGCCACCAAGCUGCAGUCACAGGAAAUUAGGUUUCUGUUUUCUUAAGAGAGUGGGGGAGAUGCACAAUUUGUAAGUCUCUGUAAUUUUAACCAUUUACUUACGCCUCAGGUGAGAUUUCUAGGGGUCUAAGGAUGCCUGGAAUUCCUGAAAAUUCCUGUCACACACUCAUUGAGUCUCCUGGCUAGUUGAAGAUGAAGAGAUCUAGAAUAGAUGAUGAAUGAAGCUCUUUUAUAUGACACAAGUGCUGGAAAUCCUUCCUCUUAUGCCCAAAUUUCAUUCCUCCCCCACAGAAAUUUAAGGGUACACUUAUCCAUAGGCUAAUAUGUACGUGUGUAUUGUAAGAGAAAAGUGAGUAGGCCUAAAACUCUGGUCAAGCUAACUGUACGUGGUCAGAGGGCAGGAGAAGAGAGUGGAAAGUUCCAAGCAGAACAAUUUGUAAUAGCCAAUCUUGAGAAAUAUAACAGCCACAGCUAGUGUUAGGAAACCUCGUAACCGCAAAAGGACAAACAGUGAAUAACAGGACAAAGCUUGUUUUUGCAGUAUUCCUAAUAAGGAAAAUGUAUUCCUAAUAAGGCAAAAUAUUAAUAAGGAAGUGUGUGCAAUUGAUUUUGGGUUUGAUCUAUAUAAGCUUCUGUGUUCACUGUUUCGAGUUCGGCAGCUAGGCUGGCUGUAGUCCCCUGCAUGCUUAUAAUACAGUGGGCCUCAGGCUGUUCUGAACCAAACACAACGUGUGGUUAAUUUUCCACAACAGUAUUGAUGACAGACUGCAACGUUACUUCCCAUCCUUCCAGGGACCAGGGAAGGGAAAUGGCUGCCAUGGGGCCAGUUCAGGGGCCGGUGACUUUUGAGGAGGUGGCUGUGUAUUUCACCAAGGAAGAGUGGGCUCUGCUGGACCCCGCUCAGAGAGCCCUCUACGAAGAUGUCAUGCGGGAGAACUAUGAGAAUGUGACUUCGCUGGGGUUUCCAGUUUCCAAACCCAAUGUCAUCUCCCAGCUGGAACGAGGGGAAGCGCCGUGGGCCCCAGAUCUCCAGAGCUCAGAGGAAAGAGAGAUCCUGAGAGGCAGCUGUGUGGAUGAUGGGAUGGUGAGAGAGACCAUGGAACAGAAUCCUCAGCAGGAAGAGGAGCAAGUGGAACCGCAGGGGACAUUACUGCAAAGAUGCAAAGGGAGUGUGUCCAGGAGUUGUGAGCAGGGAAAAGGCUCUCCGGGGCAGCACAGGCCAGAGAAGCAGCAGGGAAACCAGCCAGUGCAGAAAGUUGGAAUAUCUGUUAAUUAUCGGGGAACUCACAAAGGCCUCAAGGAAACCACAUCCCAGCAGAGAAUCCUGAUGGGAGAGAGAAAUAACACGGGCUUUGAGUGUGGGAAAAAGUUCAGGAGGCGCUCACACCUUAUUCUCCAUCAGAGAAUCCACACCAGAGUGAGACCCUAUGAAUGCUGUGAGUGCGGGAAAGCCUUUGCUGAGAGCUCAAACCUUAUUCGCCAUCAGAGCAUCCACACAGGGGAGAAACCCUAUAAAUGCUGUGAGUGCGGGAAAACCUUUGCUCGGAGCUCACACCUUAUUCGCCAUCAGAGGAUCCACACAGGGGAGAAACCCUUUGAAUGCUGUGAAUGCGGGAAAACCUUCACUCGGAGCUCACACCUUAUUCGCCAUCAGAGGAUCCACACAGGGGAGAAACCCUAUAAAUGCUGUGAGUGCGGGAAAACCUUUGCUCAGAGCUCAGGCCUUAUUACACAUCAGAGGAGCCACACGGGAGAGAAACCCUAUAAAUGCUGUGAGUGUGGGAAAACCUUUGCUGGAAGCUCAGAGCUUAUUACACAUCAGAGGAUCCACACAGGAGAGAAACCCUAUGAAUGCUCUGAGUGCGGGAAAACCUUUAUUGAUCGCUCACACCUUAUUCGCCACCAGAGGAUCCACACAGGAGAGAAACCCUAUAAAUGCUGUGAGUGCGGGAAAACCUUCACUCAGAGCUCAGGCCUUAUUACACAUCAGAGGAGCCACACAGGAGAGAAACCUUAUGAAUGCUGUGAGUGCGGGAAAACCUUCGCUCAGAGCUCAGGCCUUAUUACACAUCAGAGGAUCCACACAGGAGAGAAACCCUAUGAAUGCUGUGAGUGCAGGAAAGCCUUUGCUGGGAGAUCAGGCCUUAUUAUACAUCAGAGGAUCCACACAGGAGAGAGACCCUAUAAAUGCUGUGAGUGCGGGAAAACCUUUGCUGGGAGAUCAGGCCUUAUUACACAUCAGAGGAGUCACACAGGAGAGAAACCCUAUGAAUGCUGUGAGUGCGGGAAAGCCUUUGCUGGGAGAUCAGGCCUUAUUACACAUCAGAGGAGCCACACAGGAGAGAGAACCCUAUGUAUGCUGUGAGUGUGGGAAAACCUUUGCUGGGAGAUCAGGCCUUAUUAUACAUCAGAGGAAUCGCACAGGAGAGAAAACCCUAUGAAUGCUGUGAGUGCAGGAAAAUCUUCACUCGGAGCUCAGAGCUUAUUACACAUCAGAGAAACCCUAUAAAUACUGUGAGUGUGGGAAAUUCUUCCAUCACAGCUCUUCUCUUAUUUGUCACCAGAGAAACUGCAAGGGAGAUAAACACCAUGAAAGUCUUGUCUAGUCUUGCUCAGAAAAGAUUGUUUUUUUCUUUUCCUAAUUCCCAAGUAGUGAACUUUAAGGCAGCAUUUGUGGUGUCUCAGCUCCUUCAGGUCAGUUGUCUGCUUUUCCCUUUUGCAGCUAACCCUUCCUUGGAGUGAAGCCCACAGUGUUUUUCAUCAACUCCUUUGUCCUGUGUCAUUGUCAGAGU